AUGCGUCAGAUUGCGGGAGUCUUGAGGCAGGAGAUGCGCGGCCAGCAGCCCCAGCUUGCUGGGCCUAAUGACUUCUCAGGGCAAUUCAGGGUGCCCCCCCAAUUUGGGGGUGACAUUCUGGAGAAUUUGGGGCAGGGGGUCUACUGCCUGGAUGUGCAGGGGCGCCUCCUCUAUGUCAACGGGUACUGCGAGAGGUUAUUUGGAUGGUCCCGUCAGCAUAUUCUGGGACAGGACGCCGUCACAGUUAUGGCGGCACCCGGCUUUAAAAACAUUGGAGCGAAAGUGGUAGAACGGUUGGCCAGGAAAGAAGCAUGGACGGGCCAGUUUCCUGUCGUUCGUGUCGAUGGCGAAGUAUUGUGGACGCUUAUUACGGCGACCCCGAUAUUGGACGAGCGCGGGGACAUGGUCGCCACGUGCUGCACCAUUGUGGAGCUCAAGCGCUUCCUUCCAAAAGCUGGCGAGAAUGCUCUGGCCAUCUCAGGCUUCUGCUCGACCCCCACGUUUCUUCCGGGAGCUUCCGGUGGCUUUCCCCGGGUGCAUGCCUUGCCUAGCCCCAGAGAACAUUUUGUGGCCGCACCUAUUGUGGAGGAACCCCAAGAGGAAGCAGCGACAGGCAUUUGGGGUUUUGUAAAAGGUGUGUGGGGCGCUCUGCGGCCUAACGCAGCAUCAGCGAGCGAAGCCGAAGACGAUCCUGACUUCAAAAGAGAGAUUGAGUCGGUCUCAAGGAAGACCGGGAACGCCGGCCCCCCAAGCCCUAGAGGUCCGAAGCUGCGCCGGGAUCCGAGCGUUGAGAGCGAGGGGCCCCCUUCUUCGACCAGGGGCGAGCGAUCUGCUUGGGCAGAGAGGGUGGAUUUUAGCCACGUGAAAGAGCAGUACCGGCAUAUGCGAACGACGAUGGAAGGGCGCCAGGUGUCGCGCAGUGGGAGCUUGCGCCAAGGGCUGGAACGGCGUAUCUCCGGGGAGGGGUUCGUGGAGGGGUCUGCCGCGGGAACUAGAGAGGGGGAAGUAAGAGAGGAUCCUGCGGGCAGGGCGCGGGACGUGGCCGCGGGUGCGGGAAGGGAAGUGGCGGCUAGAGAAGGGUUUGCAGGGGGCUAUCGGGAGGGAUUUCGGGAGGGUUUUAGGGAGAGCUUUAGGGGGGGGGGGACGGGACGGGGUUCAGGGGACAGCUGGUCGAAGCCCGACGUCUCCGUUGCCCCGCAGGGGAUGCCCCGGCAUCGGCCUUCCCGGCAGGGGAGCGGAUUUUCCAGCCAGGAGUCGUCGCUCGACACAGAGAGCACGGGGACUGGGACGGCGCUGGGAAUAGGCGGCCAGCGGAGAACGAGCAGCGAGAUCGAGCGGGAGGCUGGGCUGGCGGCGUUUAAAGGUUUUGAGAACGACCUCGUAUGGCCGCAAGCACCCCGGCUUUCUGGGGAGUUUGCCCGGGACUUGGCACCGGACAGCGCGGCCGGGUCUGGGCACAGGAUUGCACGCACGGAGAGUGUCGAGAGCAUCGGGGAACCGGGGGGGUGGCACCCGUCGCUGUACAUGAAGUGGGAUCAGGCAAAGAAGCCCGGGGGUCACUUGAGCCGGCAGGCGAGUUCGACCUUUGGGAGUGAGACGGAGGACGAGUUUCAUUCUUUGGACGAGGAAGAUGCCACGUGGCGGCUCGAGGUGGACGCAGUGCCCGAGGAAGACGCAGGGGACGUCAGCGGUUUUGCGGACGCGCUCGAGCGGGAUGCGGGCGAGAAUGACAAGGGCGCGUUUGGGAGCGCGAUCCUGGACCACGUGCCGGGGGAGGGGGGGUACGACGAAGUGCGAGCGUUGCUGCGCAAGUCGAGCUCCGAGAAGUCCUCGGAGUCGGAUACGGCUGGGAAGGAAGGAGGGGCGGCAGAAAAAGGUGGCGAGUCGAAGGAGAAUCUCUCAAAGAAGAAGGAUGGAGGUGAAGGGAAGGGGGGAGAGGAAGGAGAGCAGCAAUUGGGGCCAGCGGAACCGUUAAGAGGUGCAGAGUCCGCAGCAGAAGGUAACGACGAUUCCGAAAGAAGUGAUGGCGGUGCGGGCACGGGGGGGCCGGGACAAGAACAGGUGGUACGAAUCACCGGCGGUUCUAGAGGGAAUCUGGCAGGGUUCCUUACUCAAGGUGACAAGCUUCCGUCAAGCACCUCUGAAGCAGUCGAGCCGCCAAGCUUCCUCACCAGCUUUGUGCAGGACCCACCCUCUGAUGCGUCGACCGCAUCCACUGUGCCGCUUGCUGACGUCACGAGUUCGGUAGCUCGACACGUGGCAAGUGACCGGACGCCCGCCAUUCCGACCAUCUCGGAAAUGCAUCGGCUUAGUGGCGACGAUUUCACAAACGUCGAGUCUGUCAGUCGCCCGGAUACUCAAAGCCCGGGUGCCUCGUCCCCCCUCGCUGAAGGCUUCGGGAGUUGGGACCUGGAGUCCGUCCAACCGACCGUUAAUGCAGUAGCGGAGGAUACCCCCGAAUCCGCAAACCGGGGGGGAGAAGGGAGCGGGUCAGCUAGUGCCGCUGGGCCCUCUUUAGAAAGAAGCCCUGAUAGCAUCUUGAGAGAAAUGGGAAAAGAGACAGAGUCCGAAGCUGUUCGGAAACCGAUUGCUGCCUCAGUGGCGGGGGUGAGUGGGUCGUUAGAUCGCUCCACGUUGCCGGACGAGGUGCGAAAUAAACAAGAGGACGGCGCUUCUCGGGAGAAAUUACCCGGUCAAGGAGUUCAUGAACCGAGUAGGCAAACCGAGGCUCUCCCACCAGUUGCUGUCAGCACCGGAGCACCGUCCGAAGCGUCAGCAAAAGCUGCCGCGUCCGCAAAAGGGUCCGGAGCCGAGUCGAGCAGCAGCGCUCAGCAGCCCAAGAAACGGGGGGCUCAAUCGAAGCCCCCUCCUCUGGAUUUGAGUUCCAUGCAGGCGGCCGCCAAGACCGAUGAGCCGCUUCUGAACGCGGAGCAAAUCAGCACGCAGGGGAAGCAGCAUUUGGAACCCGGCCCUUCGGAGAGCACGAUAAGUCCCGGAAGAAUGAAAAACUCCGGCCCGAGCAAUAUGUCGGGGGCGCGAGAGGACAGUUUGCGGCCCGCGGGGCAUUUUAAAGCGGGCGGGGCAGCGUCGCCAGCUGCGGAAAGUCCGGGUAGACCGGAAACGCCCAAGGAGGCUAGCAGCCCCCGGGGGAACAGCGAGGUGCUCGGGACGCUGGACUGGAACAUUCCCUGGGAUGAGGUCACGGUGGGGAAAGAGAUUGGGCGCGGUGUAACUGGAGCUGUGUACCAUGGCAUGUGGCAAGGCAGUGACGUCGCUGUCAAAGUAUUCACGGCAGAGGACGUAAACCCAGCGCUCAUUCAAGAGUUCAGGAAGGAGGUAGGGAUCAUGCUGCGUGCGCGGCACCCAAACGUGGUUCUGUUCAUGGGGGCGGUCACAACCCCGCCCAACUUCGCCAUCAUCACGGAGGUCCUCCCGCGGGGCAGCCUCUUCCGCCUGCUGCACACCAACACGCCCCAGACGAAGCGCGAGCCUGUUUCGGAGAGCCGUCGGAUGCGCAUGGCGCUGGACGUGGCUAAGGGCAUGAACUACCUGCACUCGUGCAGCCCGCCCAUCGUGCACAGGGACCUGAAGAGCCCCAACAUUCUGGUAGACCGCGACUGGACGGCCAAGGUGGGCGACUUUGGCAUGUCGCGCCUCAAGCACGCGACCUACAUUUCCUCCAUGACUGGGGCGGGCACACCCGAGUGGAUGGCGCCGGAGGUGCUGCGUUCGGAGCCGUCCGACGAGAAGUGCGACGUGUACUCGUUCGGUGUGAUCCUGUGGGAGCUGACCACCAUGCAACGGCCCUGGGGCGGGAUGAAGACAGGCCAGAUCAUCGGAGCAGUCGGCUUCCAGGAUCAACGGCUGCCCAUUCCUGACACAGUGGAUCCCACCAUUGCUUCGCUCAUACGCAACUGUUGGAAACGGGAUCCUCGGGGACGGCCCGCGUUCCAGGAUGUGGUUGUCGUUUUGAAAGACUUCGUCAAGGGGACGGGAUUCAAAGUCGAGAGCGCAAGCUAGUGUGUUACUCCUUAUUAUCUUUAAGCUCGCGGCGCGCACUCAGUUGUUUUCGAUAAUCAGUCGAGUCCACACUGCAUUCAAGUUUUUCGCAUACAGAACUUUGCAUUUUAUAAGCAUGUGAAUCUAGGUAUGGAGUUCCUUUCAAGCUGGCUAGGGACUAGUAGUUGGCGACCAAUGCCUUAUCACUUUACGUCAGCUGUCGUCCAAAAAAGAUUUGGGGGUGGAACUCGGAGCAAUGGAUAUAGAAAACGUAGGCUCUUGUCAAUACAAGGUCACCGGUUGUAGCGAAGAUUUAAUCGAGAUAAGUGCGCGGGCGCGAUCCAUCACACCUUCUGAGCUGAUUAAAGAGCCUUUGCCAUAAAUUACGGUAUUAGCACGCGCUACAGAGGUGAUGGUCAUUUACAAAGAGCUUCAACGGCAGAGCUUAACGUAUGUAGGUUGAAGUCGACAGGUUAGUGCAAAGCCAUUUGGAGAACAAUACUCGACUUGAAUCGCUUUAUUAAACUUUUACGGACGGUGCACGUAUUUAUGCCUCAUCGUUCGGCGUUGAAUGGGUC